AGCUCCUGUUUUCACAUAAUCUCUGUUGUCUUGGUGGUGUCGUUUCCCCGCUAACCGGUUCAAGCUGUAGGAAGCUGGUAGGCAGCUAACAGCUGGAUAAACCUCCGAUAUACUUCCUGUCUGUCCCUGAAGGCAGCCGAACGGAGCCGUGAAUGAACCAAGCAUCUCAAUGCGUCUCCCGUGGCCGCGAUGGCAGCAACAAAAACGGUCUGAGCCUUAGCUUUAGCCAUGUAGCUAGCUGGAGGAUGCUGAAGCUGUUCGGUGCGCUGGUUGUCCUCGGACUGGCUCUGGCGUUCAUCACCUCUUGGGUGCUGGAUAGCUAUGACACGGCUUGGCACCCUAAACGCAGCAUUCGGCACCCGAGUGCCAGUGAUGGAGAUGGACCUAAGGGAAGCUCUCCACCAUUUCCCGGGGACGAGUUGAACAACAUUUUCUGGUUUGUACAGGUGUCGGACAUUCACAUCAGUCGGUUUCACGACCCAAAACGUAUUCCGGAUUUUGAGAAGUUCUGCACCCACACCAUCGAUGUGAUCAAACCAGCUCUAGUGCUCGCGACAGGGGACCUGACAGAUGCCAAAACAGAGAGCAAGGUGGGUUCCCUCCAGCACGAGGUGGAAUGGCAGGCCUAUCAUAACGCCCUGAAGAAGUCGCGAGUGAUGGAGCGCACCAAGUGGAUCGAUAUUCGAGGAAAUCAUGAUGCCUUCAACAUUAUGUCUUUGGAUAGCGUCAACAAUUAUUACAGAAAAUACUCAGCCAAUCAGAAAGUAGGCUCUUUUCAUUAUGUUCACACCACCCCGUUUGGUAACUACUCCUUCGUCUGUGUGGACGCCACCCUGACUCCUGGACCCAAACGGCCAUACAAUUUCUUCGGGAUCCUCAAUCAGACUCAGAUGGACUUGCUGAACAAGUUUGGAGCAGAGAGUUUGAAGAGCAAUCAGUCCAUCUGGUUUGGCCACUACACCACCUCCACCAUCGUCUCGCCGUCUCCUGGGGUCAGAGACAUGAUGAGAUCUGCUGUGGUGUAUCUGUGUGGCCACCUGCACACACUCGGCGGCCUGAUGCCAGUCCUCCACAGCCGCCAUCCGCACGGCACUCUGGAGCUGGAGCUGGGAGACUGGAUGGAAAACCGCAGGUUCAGGGUCCUGGCCUUCGACCAUGACCUGCUGAGUUUUUCUGACCUCCAGUUUGAGCAGUGGCCUGCAGUGCUCAUCACAAACCCUAAGGACGCGCAGUACCUCCACCCAGGGGUGGAGCCACUGGGCCGGAUACGGAAAUCAACACACAUUAGGAUCCUGGCCUUCUCCGAGGCUCCGAUCACCGCGGUCCACGUCAGCAUAGACGGGGAGCCGCUGGGCACCGGCCGCUCCGCUGGAGGGCCCCUGUAUGUCCUACUGUGGGACCCGACUCGCUACCUCACUGGCCUGCACACGAUUACAGUUAAAGUGGAGGACUCAGCGGGCCGGUCAGUGGUGCGGGAGCAGCACUUCACGCUGGAGGACACCCUCAGUCCCAGCUUCGGUUUUGCUCAGUCCUUCAUCCUGCUUACGGAUCACUACAUCCUGUGCCGAGCGCUCUUCAUAUUCAUGGUGUUUCUGAAUGUCGCCGUUCUUGUCGCCUUCAGGUUCCUCCAUGUUUCCUCCAGCAGAGCAAUUUUUUCUCAAAGCUGUGUAUCCCUCCACCUGAUCAGUAAAAUGGACCUGUACUACUACUCUCUGCUGAUGUUGAACCUGUGCACAGCUUUAGGUCCGUGGUUCAUCGGAGAGAUGAUAGACGGACACAGUGGCGCCUGCUUCGCCUUCGGCGUUUUCAUCGACGGCCAUUUCCUGGAAGGAAGUCGCACAUAUGUUUUUGGAGUCAAUCAACUGCUGUUCUUCAACAUUCCCCUCACCUCUUACCUCUGCUGGAGCCUUCAUCACCGUUGCCACGGCAACACCCUGUGGACCCACCUGGCACGGCCGGGCCGCCGUGGCCGGACCGUGGCGGUGCACGUCUUCAUGCUGCUGCUGCUCACCUGGCAGGCCCACUCCUGCUACUUCCUCCUGCAGACCUACGGCGUCACGGCCUUCUUCCUGUCUCCCGUCCGCACGUGGGCCCUGGCGCUCGGCGUGGCCCUGGUCUACUGGGCCUGGACGGGCCCCGCCCCUCUGUUUCGCGACAGCGGCAAGAGCAACUCUUCCUCUUGACAGUAAAUUGCACUGUUGCACCCUGAGCCUGACUCACAGAUACAUUUUGCUGUCUCUCCUCACCCUGAAAGCCCGACUUCCCUCCUUCCUUCUUCGUCCUUGUCCCCCCAGCGACGGCUGUCUUUUCCUCUCUCUUUCUCUACAGAACAACACCGAACUCUCCUGUUUCUAGAUCGUAUUGUUUACUUAAUAUGCAUGUUCUUGUGAAACACAGACGAGCACAUUUGUGGCCAUAUUCAUAGCAAUCUGUACAGCGUUUUAAGGGUAAAUGGAUCUAGGAUGCAUAAAGGGUACAUAACGCA